CAGGCAGACCGGGGCAGCAGGAAGCGGUACCUGCCCUCAGACAAAGACCAGCCUGGUUCUCCUGCCAGUAAGAGGAUGGCCAUGUCACCUGACAGAGGACGGGAUAAAAGGAUUCCUGGCCGACCCCCACAGUCCCCUCAGAUGGAUCGGUCCAGAGGGCAGGGAUCUCGCCCGGCGCCGCUCCCUGGUGACAGGAAACGUCCUUUGUCUCCGCCUCCCAAGUCAUCUGGGAAAGGCCCGGCAGUACCAUCGAGCAGACCCACGGCUCCUGCCCCGCCUCCGGCUGCCGGCUCUGGUAAACCCAGCAACACGCUGUCCCGCCGUGAGGAGCUGCUGAAGCAGCUGAAGGCCGUGGAGGACGCCAUCGCACGGAAACGAGCAAAGAUUCCCGCCAAAUAAAGCGUGGGUGGAGCUGCCCGUCGGCCGGCCCGCCCACUCGCUUCAGUGCUGCGCGGUGAGGGCGGUCCUGAGGAUGGAAGGAUGAAACGUUUGUUCUUUUUAUUUUUCUCCCAUCAGCCCUCUGUGGAGCAGGAAACAUGUUCCAUGAACACGCAGCAGCUGCCAGGAGAAGCUUCCUGUUGGUUUGAGACAAACAAGAAGAAGAUGGUGGACAGAUGUGCUCCGUCAGAGGACAUGACCCUGACCUUUGACCUUUCAGAGUCUGGGACGGACUGGACCGUGUGAAGGCAGAGCUGCACUGGAACUCCUGUCUGUCUGUUUAUCGUCUCCUGUUGGAUCUGCUGCAGCACUUCAUCGUUCUCUAAGGUUUGUCCCCUCCGGACCGGACCGGACCGGACCGGGCCAAGUCCAGGUGGUGUUUGGUGUUUCAGGACACUUUGUACAGAGACAGCUCAUCAGAUUCCUUCCUGUGUCGGAUCAUUUACAGCAGUGAUGUGAGCUGUUAUCAAUCCUUUUUUAUUCUUUUCGUUUAGUUCAUCCUUCAGCGAUGAAGCAGUUUUAUUUCACUUUUAGUUGGACAGGUGGACCGGGACAUUCAGAGACAAGCGUCCUGCUUUUGUGACAAAAAACUUCUAAAUAAACUAUUUUGAUAAAGAUUA